AUUUGAAAAGCAACAUAAAUACGAACUAUUUUUCGUGAUGUCACAAACCACGUGCUCUAAAUUUUCCUUUCUCAACACCGUGAAACGAAGUAACCAUGAGUUCGCUCAGGCUUCAAAAGCGGUUAGCCGCUUCUGUAUUGAAAUGCGGUAAAAACAAAAUCUGGUUGGAUCCAAAUGAAAAUAAUGAAAUUUCCAACGCAAACUCCAGACAAAAUAUUCGUAAACUUGUAAAAGAUGGUCUGGUCAUCCGAAAACCUGUCACAGUUCAUUCUCGAGCUCGUGUACGAAAGUUCAUGAUUGCUCGAAGGAAGGGACGUCACAUGGGAACAGGACGACGACGAGGUACAGCCAAUGCACGUCAACCACAGAAAAUUGUGUGGAUGAACAGAAUGAGGGUGUUGCGAAGAUUACUCAGAAGAUAUCGGGAAACUAAAAAAAUUGACCGACAUAUAUAUCAUGAACUUUAUAUGAAAUCUAAAGGUAAUGGAUUUAAAAACAAGAGAAUUUUGAUUGAGUAUAUUCACAAGAAGAAGGCCGAACUCCAGAGAGUUAAGAUCCUCAAGGAUCAAUUUGAGGCCAAGAGACUAAAGAUCGAAGAGGCCCGUAAGCGAAAGGCAGAUCGUCUUAAACAGAAACGUGCUGAACUCCUGAGAACCUCGAUCUCUGAAGAUAAAGACAAGGAUGAGGAGAAGAAAGAAAAGAAAGACAAGGACGACAAAGAAAAGGGAACUUCCUAAACCUUGCAUUCAUGGACAAAUAAAAAAAAAGUGCUAUAUUAGCCUGUUGAUGAUUUUUAUUGGAUCAUUAAAGUGAUAUAGUGGGA